GCUACCAAUGUUCUAGGAGUUUGCUCUCAGGACAUGAACUUCAUAUAUGUGUUACUAGGGUGGGAAGGGUCAGCUACAGACUCUAGGGUUUUGAGGGAUGCGAUUAAUCGACCCAAUGGCUUAAGAAUUCCAACUGGGUACUACUACCUAGUAGAUGUCGGGUAUACAAAUGGACAAGGAUUCCUAGCACCUUAUCGGGGCCAACGAUACCAUUUGUCUGUUUGGAGAGCAGGGGCCACUCCAACUAAUUAUCAAGAAUUUUUUAAUAUGAAACAUGCAUCAGCCCGAAAUGUCAUAGAAAGGUGUUUUGGUUUGUUGAAAAUAAGAUGGGCAAUACUUCAUUGUGCAUCAUACUACCCCAUUAGAACUCAAAACCAUAUCAUCACAGCAUGUUGUUUGUUACACAACCUCAUUCGUCGAGAGAUGCCAGUUGACCCAAUAGAAGAGAGGCUAAAUAAUGACAUAGAAGAUCGACCUCAAUUGGGAGAUGAUUUUGUUGACACCGUUGAGACAUCUAAUGAGUGGACUGGGUGGCGGGAUACACUUGCAAUGCAACUAUAUAACAAUUGGUUGGCUAGUAGGGAGGCAUGACAAGGAUAGUUUCAAUAUUUGUAAAAGUACUUGU